UUCAGGCAAAAGGUUGAAACAACGAAAACAGCUGCGAGCACAGAAAAAAAAAGAAAAAAGGACAGAGAGGAAGGGACGUGGUCAGCCAAAAAAGCGAGCUAUGUGGCAAGAAAGAGUGGGAGGAUGAGACUGGAUCUGUAGGAUUGUUUUAACUAUCAGACACCAGGCCAGGAUUUGGCAUCGAGGUCGUUUUUCUUUCUUAGCCACCUGGAAUGCGACAGCGCAGCAGUCAGCAAGACAGAUAACAAAAAAGGCCAAACUCCCAAACGACAAGGACGCGUCAGUCCAAGCUGGUUUUUUACAUCCGGAGUCCACUUUUUUUUUUGUUAGGAGGAAGGAAGCAAAGAGAGUCAACUAACCGGAGGGUCGACAGAGCCAGUGGAAAUAGAAAACACAGAUGAGGACAGAAAGAAAAAGGCAGCGGAGUUAACCAUCCAGCCACCAAAACUAAACAGAGGAAGGAAGGAGAGAGACAGACAGAGAGUGAGACAGCGAGAUAAAACCCCAUCUUCCUAAGAGGGGAUUCUGGGUGGAAUGACCCUGUCAUGAUGCCACAGACGUGCCACACCCCACGCCCAGGGGAAGAAGGAGGGCGUGUCUGGCUAUCAGCCAACCACAUAGGGAGCCCCAAUAGAGUUAUUUCCAAUUCCAGUUCAGAGACAUUUCCCCUCAAGAGCUUCCUGCAAUACUGACACUCGGCCCAUGUGGUUGUAGUUUUUGUGCUCACCUCCUUUACUCCUGCUUCCGGUGGAGUCCUUACCAUUUCCUGAUUACCUAUCUUGGGAUGUUGGCGUUGUUUCAUGGCAGCUGCCAUGGAGAUAAACGGAUUUCUCUACUAAACAAUUUUAGACACAACCUCCAGAUGUUGUGCCAGAUGCAGGUUGUCCACACGGGCAAAAUUGGACAAGGACAUGCACAGAGGUGCUGUGCGGCUCAGCUUCCUACUUCACACUGCUUGACAGCAUCCCAGCAGGAAUUGUAGGACUUCCUAUUCCUGUGUAACAUCUUCCUCUGCCUACUGGCACUUGUGAGGACUUACUUGACCCGGUAGCAAGUUACUCAAGACUCUUAUCCUCCAGCAGAGAAACCAUGCGGCACAUUCACGUUGAGUUAGCCCACAAAAAGGCUCCAUUAGAGCUUCCAGCCCAGGAGGGGGACUUGCCUCCACCUACAGCCCCAACACAGGGCCUAGACCCUGGUGUCAGACCGGGAGCGCCCAGGCACUUUGGCCAGGAGGAGUUGCGCCUCCAAAAGGUCUACCAGCUCUCCAUUUUCUCCCAGUUAGGGGGAUUUUCUACCUCCACAGAAACCCACACUGAUACCCAACAGAGGCCUGUCCGGGUGGGCGUGAAAAGGGGGCUAGAGGAGCCGCAAUUGACUCUUAAGCGCCCCCACCUUGGGGACUUCUUAGACAAUGAGGCGUUGGAGGGAGGGGUGCUGUGUGGGCCAGCCCCAGCUCAAGGUGUUGGGAUGGGGUUGGCGAUGGGCCCUAGUGGGCCUGGUUCUGUAUACUCUUGCACACAGAUGGAGCACAGAGACUCUGAGGGGGGACUGUCACCAAGGUCUCCACCCCUCUCGCCCAGCAACAACCCCUCCCGACGCCCAACUCAGCACAAUCAUGACAGGCCCAUUCCUGAUGUAUUUGCUCCACUCUCACCUAAAUCACCCCCAAUGUGUGACCCGCAUGGACAUCUCUGUGACCAGGGCCAUUCCCUUGGUAGCUCAGCCAGGACCGAGCCACCUAAUGGGGGCCACACACCCACACACUCACUAGGUAGUCCUGCAAAUGAGAGCUGCGGUAACGGCUCAUCUGGAGGCCAGCCCAGCCCCCACUUAUAUGAAAUGUCCAUGUAUGAGACUCCCAACCCUGCUAGUCCCACCAGCCCUCCAGGCCCCUUCUCCCCCCCACACCACACAGAGCUGCAGGAGCCAGGGGAGGCCACCGAAUGGGAAGUUGGACUUGAAUCCUCCCCACCUGAGCGAAGUGCCACCCAGGCUGCCUCCUCAUCCUCUGUUGGCCUGGCUUCCUGGGAGAAAACUCCAAGCAGUAAUGGCCACCGUCUAUCCGCUGGAGGCCACUGGCCAGCCAAAAAGCGUCUGCUGUCCCCGAGCGACACAGGGGAGUCAUGCUCAGAAGACGAGGGCCCCUCCACAUCCAAGAGAAGCAGGCUGUCAUUGCUGGCUCCAGGACUUGGCCCGGCCUCAUGUCGCAGCACUGACGCUAAAGCUGCCCCUUACUGGAAUCACCUGCUGCCCUCUGCAUGGGACCGGCCUAAGACCCCCACAGACUGCACAAGAUCAGGAAGACGGCUCAAAAGUGGGCUGCGACUGAAAAGUCGGCAGCUGCGCAGCAGCAGACACACAGACACCGGUCGCUCCACACGUUCCAGUUGGCCCUCAUCUUCCAUCAGCAGAUCACUACUUGGCAACUUUGAGGAGUCCAUACUGAAGGGACGAUUCUCCCCAUCAGGCCGGAUUGAGGGCUUCACAGCGGAGAUCGGUGCCAGCGGCUCUUAUUGUCCACAGCACGUCACCCUGCCGGUGCAGGUUACAUACUACGACAUCUCAGAGCACAGCGCACCCUCACCCUUCCUGGGGGUGAUAUCUCUCGAGCCUCUUGGAAAGAAAGGAUACAGCAUACCCAAAGCAGGGACCAUUCAAGUGACCUUAUUUAAUCCCAACAAAACUGUGGUGAAGAUGUUCCUGGUGACCUACAACUUCGGCGACAUGCCCGUUAAUCACAUGACCUUCCUGCGCCACCGUAUCUUCUUGGUGCCCGUGGAGGAGGGGGUUGAGGGGAAGGGCGAGGCGUCUCCAGGGGGCAGAGUUCCAGACAGGAAGAAGAUUCUCUGCUACCUGAUACAUCUCAGAUUCCAGAGCUCCAAAUCUGGGAAGAUCUACUUGCACAAUGAUAUCCGGCUGCUAUUCUCCCGCAAAUCCAUCGAAGUGGACACAGGGAUCCCUUAUGAGCUGAAAUCUUACACCGAGGUGCCAAGAAACCCUAAAUACUCUCCCCGCGUGUGACCCCAGCUUGACCCUUUGACCCUCCCCAGCGCCAAUGCAGCCCCUCCCGUGCUUCCUAGAGAGGAGGGAGGGAAAUAGACGAACUGCUAGAAUGAUGGACACAAAACUUGAUAAGACUUGAUGAGACACGCCACAUGCACACAAGACACACGUGCACAUAUGAUACAGUGUUUUAGUAAAUGUGCUCCUUUUAUGCAUUUAUUCGGCAUUAGAAAAAUUAAAUCCGUCAAAAGAAAUUGGUGAUAGAAAAUGUCACUAAACAAACAGGGAAUUCCUUGUAUCUUCCAUUCAUUGGAUAUGAAAAAGAUUUUAGAAAAAAAAAAGCGUAAGAGCCGUUCAGCAAACAUCAAAAGCAGGACAUUUACUACACUUUUAUCUGUACAAAAAAAGAAAUGCACAAACAGCGACACACCCACACAGCACAUACUACACACGUCACAGCUGAAACACUUCUGGUGGUGACUCUCUGAGUUCAGUGUUAACAUGCAUGCCUUGUGACUUUAAACACCUGGAUUUUCCUUUAGUGCCGUAUCACACUGUCCUUCACUCUGCCUGCAGCUCCAACCGCUUCAUCGGACCAAUAACUUACAUUUUUCCAAAAGGCCACAAACAAAAAGCAUGUCCAUGACUUUGAUUUGAAGAAAAUAAUUACCCCCUCACCAACUCGUAAACUUUCUUACAAGGAGAGAAGAUGAGCAGAGACGCAAACACUAGUGAAAGCGAAGGCUGGAAUGAAAUCCGCCAUCUUGACCGGGUGUCUUAUUAUUCGAGACUUGAUAUAAAACACUUACACGAUUUGACCCAACUCAGGACACUUGUUGACGAAAACAUUUCUCUUCUUACCAUUUCACCUAUCAUGGUACAGACCGAUGUGUACACUUCAAGAUAGGAGGGUCAUACCAUGUCAUGAAAAGCAGGGCAAUCCAGUAAAAUCUGUGUAGUCAGACUGAGGGACACUGUGCUGUUUUCUUUUUUUCAAUUUUUCCUUUUUUUUUUAGAUUCUGUUCAGAACAGUCUGAUGUUGGAGCAGAAAAUGAAAAAAAUAAACAACAAGCUGUAGUAUUUCUAAUUUAUGUUGUUUUUUUCGCAAAUGUCUUAAUAAGCAAUAUGCUGCACAAAGUAGAGUGUGUUUUUUCAGCCGGACGAGCUUUCUCUCUGGAGGUGGGAAACAGAGAAAGUGGAGAAUUAGAAAUGGGGGGAGGGAGGGUUGAUGCGGGAGGGAAGGGUGGUGGGGUAUUUAAUAUGGGGAAAAAGUCUAUGUAUAUUUAAAAGAAUAAACUCUGCGACUGGCGAGUAGCACCUGUCUUUGUUGUUGUUUUUGAUUGACAAACAUCAUGGAAAUACUACUUCCCAUAAUGUAAUUUAAAAAUGUGUUUAAUUUGACCCUCCCUGCUUUAUAAAGGUCUUUUAAACUUGUCAGACCCCCAGUAUCCAAUGCAGGCUUUCUGUUUAUAUAUUUUAAAGUCUCAAGCCUGAUGACAGUACUAUCACAUCAUACAGGAUCCAGAGUCUUCCUUAGAACAGUAAGUAUCUUAUUCAAAACUAUAUUAAAGUUCGACAAAUUAGAGACAUACUGACAGGCCAAUGUGCAUCACUAGAAACAGACCCAGGACUCUGAUAUCACAUAUCAUAUAACUCACUAAAAGAAAGCAGCUGACUAAUAGUCACAAAAGAAAGCCUGAGAACAGAGAGUCAGCUCGAUUUAUAUUCUUGCAGAUUGUUUAGAAUUUGGCAUGAGAGAAAACCUUAAAGCUAUAAAGGGCUUCCUCCCCAGGCUUCUACUGCUCCACUGAAACUGCUCAGUGGCAAUGAACAGACAGACUUUGGUUGUUCUGGGCAGUCCUGCAAAAUACAAAUGUCAAACUGUGUGAAUGUCAAGUACGGCAUUGCUGAAAAAAGAAUCCAUCCUCUGUAAAUAUUCCCCAUCUAAAAAUAUAGAGGAAUGUCUAUAAAUGUCUCACCAACAAAAACAGCCAGUCAUUCCUGCAAUGUGCUGAAAUAUGGAUUACAGGCUGGUCCUGAAAUAAUGGGGUCAUUGUAGUUUGUGUAACAUCCAAAAGAUGGUUAACAUGAUGAUGUUUUUUUUUUUUACUUACAGUGGGUAGACAAAAUCACAAAAACACACUCUAAUGAAAACAUCUUAAAAUAACGCUAUAAGCGGAUUUAAUAAGAUUACUGCUUGUCAACUGGUAUUGACAACACAUGUCCAUUAUAUCCUUGUCACGUACCUUUAAAUACAUCUCUUCUGCUCCUCUUUGUUAGACUAGUAACCAUUUUGCAUUUGUGUGAGUUAUACACCUACAGCUUGUCUCUGGAGCUCUGUUAAGUGUUUUCUGUUGCCAUGAAUGCCUAUUUCAUGCUUCUAAAUUGCAAUUAAAUGCA